AUGUCCUCGCCGUCUUCUGGGGAGCAGUACGAGGAGGAGGAGGACGGCGCCUACGAGAGCCAGGCCAAGCGGCUGAAGCCCAGCGCCGCCGCCGAGGAGGGCGAGAUCGAGUACGGGGCUGAGGAGGGCGAGAGCCGCAGGGAGAAGGCCGCCCCUCGCGCCGGGGGCUUCUCCGGAGGGGUAAGCAGGGCCGGCCUCUUAUAGUCCGACGCGCUGCGAGCGAACGGCGGGUGGAGGAGACCCGCGUCAGCCCGAGCCGAGGUGCGCCUACUCGGGAGUAUAUCUCCUGCGCGCCUUACUCCCAAGUAGGCGUGUGUAGCGCCGGGAGCCUAAUGCUUAUACCCGCAAAUUGAAGAGGGUUUUUAUACAAAAAAAUCAUAAAAAGGAGAAUCCCAAGUUUUUCUACUAAGUUUUGUUCCUUAUUAGCCUUAUGCAUUUUCGUGUUUUCAUAUUGUUAACCUCCUUGAGAUCCUGGGAUGAACGGCGGUGUAAAAAAUGAAUAAUAAUAAUAAUAAUAAGCGUGCAUGUGGGAAGAGAACUGGACAUGUUCCAGAAGGAUUAGUCUGUUAUGGUAAACGACAUUUUAAGGUGCGACAGUUUUGUGUUUUUUUCAAUGUCAACUUGUGGAAGAAGAAGAUUUAAUGAGCCGGAGAGACCCCUUCGUUGGAUGCAUCGUGGGGUUUGCCACCAGCCGACUGAGGAUGUGUAGCUCCGCUUUUGUCCAUCAAAGGAUUUAUUGUGCGGGAGGCAAAAAAAAAUAUUUUCGCUUCCUCUAAUAAAACAACGGGGAGAGCGAGGUGUUUUCCAUUGUUCACUUUUCUGAAGGCAGUUUGUUCUUACAUCCCUGAAUUGCGUUGUAUUUAUAACUUCGGCUUCCAUUCCCCCCCCCCCCCCCGCCGAAAUGCGGGGAGAGAGAAUUGUAGGUGGAAACUGAGUAUUGCAACCUCCAUAUGUGUACAUAUUCACAUGUUUUCAUCCCUUAAUGAGAUAAGUAAGCUGUGUGCACAGGGUGCGGGGAAUGAUGACCAUCUGUGUCCUUUCCUUGCAAUAAAGAAUAGUAUGUUUCAUUGGAGGUGCUCUGGCGUCCAUGGCUUUUUUUCAUAGAGAGCCCUGCAGCGUUUGGCAGGGAAUGUAUUUGUUCUCUCUGUGUGUGCGUCAUACCCGUCAAGCAUAGGAACUACACUAUAGAGAAAAGAGCCAGAGGGCUUUUGUCCUUUAUUAAACAGUUGAUCAGCAGUUGGAACAAAUAAACCUAAGGAGAUUGUGGAAGCUUGGACAUUCUUAAGAACAGACUGGACCUGUAUCUUUAGGGGGAAAUCCAGUAUUGUAGGAUAAACCUCUGUUAGGGGCGGGAUAAUUGCAUUUGGAUCAUUUGGAUUAGCACAUUUUUAUUAAUUGAUAAAUAACAUUGAAAUAAUCCAAUUUGUUGGGCACGUAUUUGAUGUCUGUUAUGGUCUGAAUUCUUCACAGCCAAAUUUAAACGCCCAUUUCCCCAUGUACAACCAAGGCAGCACAAAUAAAUUUCUCCGUUUUGAACAUUUGUACUGUUACUAUUAAAAUCUGUUAUUGUACUGUUAUUAGUAAAACUAAGUGUGGAAUUUUCAGUCUUCAAAGCCUAAAGCAAGAAGACGCAUGUACAGUGGUGCCCCGCAAGACGAAUGCCUCGCAAGACGGAAAAACCGCUAGACGAAAGGGUUUUCCGUUUUGAAGUUGCUUCGCAGGACGAAUUCCCCUAUGGGCUUGCUUCGCAAGACGAAAAUACCUUGCGAGUCUUGAGAUUUUUUUUUCGCUCCCCCCCCCCCUUUAUCUAAUCUGCUAAGCCUUUAAUAGCCUUUAAUAGCCUUUUAGCAGCUAAUCCCCUAAGCCUUUAAGCCUUUAAUAGCCGCUAAACAGCUGAUAGCGCUAAUAGCGCUAAUCCGUCAAUGGGCUUGCUUCGCAAGACGAAAAAACCGCUAGACGAAGACUCUUGCGGAACGGAUUAAUUUCGUCUUGCGAGGCACCACUGUAUUAAGAAACAUGUAGUGCUAUUAUAGCUGCUAGUACACAAGGUACUUUUUCAUUUAUCAUUACAACCUCCCUUUGCAGUAUGUUAGAUGGAGAUAAAAUUUCUUUAUAAGUUGAUUCUACUUCAUGAUACAAAGUCAGCUGAUCUCUGAAGCUGUUUCACUACAUAUUGCCAUUCCCAUUUUGUUCAUAUUCUGUCUGGCUAAGAUCAUGCAAAAACAUUUGUCAAGUUUAUCUCAGAUUGGGACAGUUCAGUUUUGCACUAUAAUUGGAGUUUAAGAAAGAUGUUAAUAGAAUUUUGUUACAUAUUACAAGAUCCAAGAGCUCCCUUCAUAAAAACAUCAAGGCUCUACUUCCUUCCCCCUACUGUCCAUAUUUUUACAAAAGGUUUGGUUGGCAUCUGUUACAGAUAAAUAAAAUUGCUGUUAUGAGUAUUUAAUUUUAGAAAUUCAGACGGCAUUGCAUAUUUCACUAUUGAUUAGUUAUUUUUAGCUCCUGAGAUUUGUGCUGUCUUGUUCGGGAAGCUAAGGCUUGAUUAUGAUCAUUCUGCUUAGUUUGUUUGCUAUAGAGCCCUGGCCAUUAUGAUGCAGUGUUAUUUCACUGGAAAGUGUGCCUCUUGUGGUCUAUAUGACAUCUGCCUCGGUUAGAGUCCAUGCUUAUAGGAAAAUUCAUGAACAAGAAAAGAGAAUACAGUACUAGCAUUUUAAUUUUAUAUUGUUAUGAGUUUGGGGUGAGAGAAGUAGGCUGUAUGCUUGAGCCCCUCUUCUAAUUCCUGUAUCCAGUACAUUCAUUUGCUGGAAUAUCCAGGCCAGCCUGGUAGUGGCCCUCUAAGUAUGGGUCCUUAAGGUAACAAAGGGAGUGGCUCUGUGUCAGAGGACAAAUAGGUAGGCCUCCCUCCCUCAACUGCCUGUUAGUUAAAAAUAAAAAGGGUCAGAGUAGGGAGUUGAGUUACUUGAGCUAGAAGCUGGAAGCAAAGCUGCAGGCUGCAAAAGCAGAGAGAGAGAGAGAGCCAUGCCUGAUUUCUCCUGGAAUCCAAGGUGGUGGCUAUGGAAGAAGCAAGACCCUCUUGGGUGUUAAUGUUGUGAACCCCUCCAUCACAUAAAUGCUCAGAUUGUAUAUAUGUGUUAAUAAACCAUAUAUCAUAAAGUCACCUCAGUCUCCGCUGUCCCUCAUUCCAAAAGAAACAUGAAUCCCUGGAAUCUUACACUGCUCAGAGAAUGGGGUAGCAUGCAAGAAUAUGUAGUGUGUGUCAGAUAAAUCAGCAGGUUAUGAUGUGGAGAGAUAUGGCCAAUUUAAAAUGAUUUAUGUUGGAUGGAUGUUUUGGGAUACCUUCUUGGUCUGAGAAGUACAGAAUUAAAAUUAUUUGCUGCUACUGCUGUCAUUCUGAACUUGACAGUUAUUCAAAAUACUCCUUGUGAAAUGAAAGUUAAGAGUUUUCCAUUGUUAUCUACAGAAAGGACCAAUGGAAGCCUUUUUCUAAGCCUGAUUGCUGUUUAGAUAUGGUUUUUGGGGUGGGUGAGUUUAUACCUGGAUAUGGAAGGGUUAACCCUCCCCUCUCUGUCAUGCAGUUCCCCUAACAAACGCAGUUCACUCAUUGGAGCCAAGGGGAUCCUUAUUAAAGCAUAAUUGCUCUGUUAGUGUGUGGGUGUGAGAGAGAGAGGGUGAAUGGGGUGGCCCAAUUCACUGCUUUGCUUCUCCCCACUGCAGAUAUGUGGUCACCAAAAGUUAGGGAAUGCAACCCUCAGGCUUAAAAUGAUUCUUCCUCCUACUCUAGUGAGUACUUGUGGAGCAGAUUUUGCUGUCCUUCAAAAUUAGACUUGCUAGGUAUGCCUGCCCUCUCUUUCAAUGUUACCAUUUUAAUUUGGGUUUUUUUGUACAUACAUACUGCUUUAGAGCAUAUGUCCUCUCCCUCAGCAGGAGCGUACGUCUUCUCUGGUACUUUAAAAGGAAAAGCAAGCCGUCUCUUCCGGUAUUGAUACUGUUCUACUUAACCAUGCAUGUUAUGGGGAUGGACCAGUGUUAGAAACUGGGAUAUGAACGCUAUGAGCUAAAUGACACCUUAAACCUAGGUUACGGACACAACAGCGGAAUGUUUAGGUGUGCUUUUUUAAUAACAAGAACACAAAGCUGAAAAUGAAUGAACUGCAGCUAAAAUCUUAUAUUCAUUUUUCACAUGGUCUAGUCCUCAUCUGAAGACUGCAAAAAACACAGCCAUGUUUCCCCUGCCUGCCCCCCUAAUAUUCUUAAGAGGGCCUCUUCUCCAGUCUUCAGAGUAUGACUGGAUGUGGAGAGGCAGAAAAAAGUCCUCCUUUCCUUCCACUCUGCAGUUUUAAUCUGAAUCUUAGGUGCAGUACUGUGCCUGGAGGUCAGAAACUGCUUGUGCUAAUGAAAUUCCUUGCUGCAAAAUGUGACUAGAACAAUGGGAGUUUUGAAUGCUAGGAUGGACUAUGGGAACUGGAUCUUGACCAGUACUACUCAAGCACUAAGAAUAAAAUUCAGGGCUUUUUCCUCAUCUGGAAAAGCUCAGACUCCUACAGCUCAGUCCUACAAAUAUCUAUUCAAAAGUCCUGUUGAAUUUGAUAGGGCUUAAAGGUAUAGGUUUACAGCCUUACAGUCAUGGACUUGCAAACUACCUAUGACACAUUAUCCAAAACGUGUGGUUUUGUGCUAUAAGCAGGGGUGAGCCUUGGGAUGGAGGAGUUUGGAAAGUUUUGCUUUCUUUUAGCUGUAGUCUGUUUUCUGGUGUAACAUAGUUAACGUUAACUAUGUUAACAGGUCAUGGUUUCUGAAGCUGGCUUGUUAAAUUAAGCAAAGUUAAUGCUAAUUACAGUUUCUAGUUUAGAAUAGGGUUACAUUUUGGCGAGUAUAAACUUGAAAGUACUUUGUCAGUUAACCAUCUAUAAUACUUUUUUUUAUAUUGAAAUUGGAAAAAUAAAGUCUAUUGCUCUCUUUUGCUAGGAUGCUGGUGGAAGUCAUCACAAAGUUUCUGUUUCUCCUGUGGUCCAUGUCCGAGGGCUCUGUGAAUCAGUUGUGGAGGCAGAUCUUGUGGAGGCGCUUGAAAAAUUUGGAACCAUAUGGUAUGUUUACUAUAUAUUAUAUCUUCAGUGACUCGAAAUGAACUUCGUAACGCAUUUAAAAAAGACUUCUUCAAGGCCUGUACUGGUACUCCUAAAUUGAAACAUAAGCCUCAAGCCUUGGAAUUACCAAAUCCUUCAGAAGUUAAUUCUGAGGCAAAUCAUUGUGCUCAUCUCCAUAUGGAAGCUGGGUAAGAGAACACUCUUAUUUCUGUGCUUCUAUAUUAGAUAUUUAUAUACCUUGGCUGCCAACUUGGCCUAUUGUUACAUGGACACAUGUGCUGUAGAUUUCAAACAAACUUCCAUGGAUUUUAAGAAAUGUAGGAGAUUUUCUUUGAGUUUGCAAUAGUAAUUGUUAUUGUGAAGUUUUUUAAGAUCAGUUGUAACUUAAUGAUUUAAUGAUGGCCUUAAAUGAUAAUAAUAAUAAUAAAUUUUAUUUAUAUCCCGCCCUCCCCAGCCGAAGCCGGGCUCAGGGCGGCUAACAACAAUAACACAGUACAAAAGUACAGCAUAAACAACACUCUAAAAUCAUUCAUGGCGCAUUAACGGUUAUUGUUUUUCCUGCAGCUAUGUGAUGAUGAUGCCAUUUAAACGCCAGGCUUUGGUAGAAUUUGAGGAUAUUGAAAGUGCCAAAAAAUGUGUGACAUUUGCAGCAGAUGAACCGGUAUAUAUAGCUGGACAACAAGCAUUUUUCAAUUACUCUACAAGCAAAAGAAUUACCCGUCCUGGAAACACAGACGACCCCUCGGGUGGGAACAAAGUUCUGCUCUUAUCAAUUCAGAACCCUCUAUAUCCAAUUACAGUGGUAUGUCUUAAUCUUAAGCAUAACUUUAAGUGACUUCAAUGCAUGAUAUUUUCCUUUCGAAGAGUUUUCUUUCUGUCUCAUAUCUUGCUCUGAUAAACUCUCAGACCCCUUGUUUGCAUUGAAUGUUAAUCUGAACCACAGCUUAGCAUGUAUGAGCAAAUAUGCAGACUCCCAGAGAGGAGAUUGUGGCUGUGGCUGUUUUGCUUCUUCUCUAUGCCAUGGUUUUGCUCAUCCUGUCAUCCAAACCUUGGCUUGUAGUUUAGUGCUCCCUAGACAAACCACAAGCUGUAACCAAGCACUGUUCUAUAGGUUGCAGCUUGUCUGGGAAGACUAAACUAUGAACCCAUGUUUGAACAACUCAGCAGCAGCAGAACAACAACCAGAAGGGAAGCAAAGCGGCUACAGUCUUCUAUACAGGGGUCUGUAUGUUAGCUUGUUCAUAGAAUCGUAGUGUUGAAAGAGACCACAAGGGUCAUCUAGUCCAACCCCUGGAAUGCAGGAUACUUUUGCCCAACAUGGGGCUCAAACCCAUGACCCCGAGAUUAAGAUUCUCAUGCUAAGCCAUGGUUUGGCUUUGUUGAGUGUCAACGAGGUCAUAUACUUUAAUCUUAUAAUGCAAAUGAAAGCAUCCACACAGAUCUGUACAUGUUAUUAUUUAUUUGUUCCAUGCCAACAAACAGUUGGGGAGGAUAUUAUUUCAUUCAACAGAGAUCUGUGCAGUAGAAGAGUUACUUUGGCUAGAUAAUUGUUUGGUUCUAAUCUAAAGUCUGUGGUGAAUGUUUUUGUACUCAACCAGCCCAUAAUAGGAAGGAAAAAGGAAGACAAUGAAAUUGCUUCCUAUUCAGCAACAUCUCACUACUUAUGUUUUUGCUUGGAACUGCCAAUCACUUACAUUUCUUUACAUUAUUCCGAUUUUACUUGUCAUUGGUUCCUGAUUUGUACACUAUAGUUGUACUUGUCUUAACGGAAAUCAUAUGAUACAGUUUUAAAUUAUAGUAUAGUAUUUUAAAAAUGUCUUUAAUUUAGUCAAAUUAUUCAAAGACAAAAACUCAAUGCAAUAUUCUAUAAACUAGUAUAUUUGUAGCUUGUCCCAGAUCACCCUUCUUUUAAACAUAUAGGGCAGUUGUGUAUGCACCAUGAUUCAUAGAGUCAUACUAUCUUUGUGUAAUGAAUAGCAUUACCCUAGCACUUUGGUAAAAUUCUUAUGUUCACUGGUAUUUUUAAGGUCUUGGGUUUUAGGGGCUACGUUUGAGUGAGCUUUUCCCAUUGUUUACAUUCUGCUUAUUCCCAAUUUAUAAAUGGUAUAUAGUAUAAGUUAAAAAUUAUUUAAAGACACAAAAACUUUGGCAAUCUAAGUAGUUGUUUGAAGCACAUAGAGAUAAAACCGAAUUUAGGCUUACUGUUUUGAUGAUAAACUAUAGCUAGAACGUUUCUCUACUUUUCUCUUACAGUUAUCAUAUUCUUGCAUUCCCUAUGUAGUUAUAUAUCUGUCACUGGGAUAAAUUUCUUGAUCUAUGUUUAGUACACAAGUGACUUCCUCUAAAAAAAAUUAGGUCCAAACUUUACCUGCUUAAAGGAGGCGAUUUUGUUAUUGUGUGCUAAUAACAUUUUGAAUAGUAUUUGCCAAGUAAAGCUUCAAAUACGGUAUCUGAAUAUUUCCCUCAUUCUUCUGUAGGACGUUUUGUAUACAGUGUGCAACCCUGUGGGAAAAGUACAGCGUAUUGUCAUAUUCAAGAGGAACGGAAUACAAGCCAUGGUUGAAUAUCCUUUUUGUGGUGACCUGUGUGUAUAUACUUCUGAAGAUUAUGUUCUAGGGAUUUCACAGUGGCCUCAAUAAGGGGAAGUGUUACUCUCAUGUUAAUCCUGUCAGGCAAACAACUGUGCUAGAGAACUAGUGAACUCAUCUCUGCAUAUCAUCCACCCUCUGGCUUGUAUCCCAUGGUGAGGGCAGUGUAGACUAUUACCUAAACUGGGGGUGGAGAGCUUGUGAUCCUCUAGAUAGUGUUUGAGUGCUGCUCCAGUCAUGCCCCAUCACUGGCCAUGCUGACUGCAGUUAAUGACCAGAGGAAAUCCAACAUUUGCUGGAGGGCCACGGGUUUUCCACGCCAUAUCUGUUCAUAUUUGACAAUGUAAAGAUUUUAAUGUAGUGCUCAUAGCAAGCACACUGCUCAUAUACCAGUCCUGUUUUAAAGUUGAACACAUUUUGGAAAUUACUUAUUUGAAAAGGUCAUAUAUGCAAUUUAAACCGAUAGGGUUGCUGUGGAUUUCAUGUCCUUCAUGUAUUAGUCAUUGACUCAUACAUAAAAUUGGUGUUUCUGCAUGGGUAAUUAAAGAGCCUUGAGCAACUUCUAGAUCUGUUGUGUUGUGCUCUAAAUUAGCUUAACUUGCAGCUGCUUGUUUUCUUGGUGGGGGGCACCGAUUUAAAUAACAAUCCUUAACAUAACUCAAGUUUGAAUCAGUUCUUUGUGCUCAGAAGGCAAAAGCAGCGCUCAACGGAGCAGAUAUAUAUGCAGGAUGUUGUACACUAAAAAUUGAAUAUGCAAGGGUAAUGAUCAUACUUUCUUUAGCUUCUAGACUGUUUUUUUGGGAGGAAAGCAAUGAUUAAGACUUGCUGUUUGUUUCUAUUUUAACAGCCAACUCGACUUAAUGUCAUUCGAAAUGACAAUGAUAGUUGGGACUAUACUAAACCAUAUUUGGGCAGACGAGGUAAGUGUUUUGGUAAUUGUACUAAAUGUGCAUUUAAAUAUAUACAUAUAUGCAGUUAGCUUGUCUAAUGUGUUAGUCACUUCAAGCCAGGUAUUUCUGAUGCAGCUCUUGUAAUAGGCAUCCUGACUUGUAAUCCUGGAAAAGAAUAACUCAACAUUAUUGCCCCUUGCUGGUUUAUAUUGAGCUAUUUAACAAGGAGCCCACACAUGCAAGCAUGUUUGCAAUACAAGGACUUGCAUUUCUCCAAGCAGCUCUCACUCUUUGGAGGAGAGGACACUGAUGCAGACUUUCCUUACAAACUACAAACUUGCACACUGCUUCUCCACGGAAAGGAUUUUCCUCACUUGUUGGACAAGGCAUUAAGAAGGAUAGAGGACUCCAGCAGGCUGACUCUACACUUCAUCAUGCACCACAUCGGCAUCAUCAACAGGCCCUCUGAAAAACCUCAGACUUGCAACUCACCUUGACUGCAUACUGCAUGCACCAUCACCACAAGCAUAUCAAGGAGGACCACUUACAGCACUUCUGGUUUGCAUGGCACGAAAAUACCAUGGUAGACUGUACCCAUUCUAAACCAGUUUGCAUGUGUUUCCAAUCUUAUGUCCCUUUAAAAUUACCAUUGUAGAAUGAAACACCAUAAAAUGGAAGAUCCAAACUCUUGUUUCUCUCCUGUACAUUGCGGUAACUUUCUUUCUCAAAUGUAAGAGAAAAUUGAAGUUAGGUUUUCCAGUGUAAAUGCUUUCUAAAGGACUGCACUUACUUUAAAGAUUAAUUGAAAUUUUGCUGUAUGCUGUCAAGUCCCCUCAAGCACCAGUAUUUGACACAAGGUCUAAUUUGUCUAAGCAUUUUUACUGCAAAGGCUAGUUUGAAUAACAACUGCAUGGAAAUGUUUAAAAAAAAAAGCUAUGUAGUUUGACUUCUGUAAAUGUUCUUUGUAACUGAAUGAUUUGUGUAUAAUUUGCUGUAAUGUACCUUUUGAAAAUCUAGGCAUUUAUAACAUGGAGGUGGGAACUUAACCUUACCAAGGUAGAGUAUCUUCUAAAUUUUAAACAUAGUGAAGGUUUCAACUUUCCUUUUAAUUAUUGCUGAAAGGUUGUUUUUACUGGUAGUGCUUUGGCUUGUAAAAAUGUAUUAUUUAAAGGUUAGGGCUUGGACAUGCAGAAUUAAGUGUUUGUAAAAGGUUAAUAAGGGGACUGCAGUAUUGGUUAGCAGAUUGUCCACCCGCAGUACGUUACAUUAAACGCUCACAUUCCUCCUCCCCCAAACUACCAAACUGGGAAGUCACUGAGUUAUAUUGCAUAUUGUAUAUUGUAUUAUGCAUAUUGUCUUAUUUAUAUGAUGUUAGCCGCUCUGAGCCUGGCUUUGGCUGGGGAGAGCGGGAUACAAAUAAAAUUUAUUAUUAUUAUUAUUAUUACCUUGGGCAAUUCAGGUGUUAAUUUUCUGAAAUACAUAGAUGCUAUUCAAGCAACUGGCAGGCAUGCAGUUCACACAGUAUUUAUGAACAGUGCCUUACCCCAGAAUAUUAAACGAUGUGAAAUGAGAAAUAUUGGAAGAAAACAAACCAGGUGCUUCCAAGUGUGUUACAAUGUUCAUUGGGAUUUUCAUUUUAUUUCACCAGCAAAUUCCAUGUCCUAUUGCAAACUGCUUUUGAAAGUGUUCUCGGUUGCCAUGUACUGGAGGGGCUCCUCUUUUGUGGGGGGAGUAGUGUAAGAUUCCCUGGGACAUAAGGAAUAAGUUGUGUGGCUCUUUAUAUCCAGUUUGCAUACUUUUUAUUUUGUACUCAAGUGGAGUUUCAUGCAGAAAGAGAGCUGAAUAUACUGUUCAUAGCUCAUUUUCUAGGGAAUCUGUAGUCCUCCAGAUUGUGUUGGACUCCCAAGUCCCAUCAACCACCACCAGCAUUGCCAGUAGCAGUAGUCAGGGAAGAUAGGAGUCGAACAACAUCCAGAGGGCCAUAGAUACCCAAUCCUUGUCCUAGACAAGAAGUGAUGGAGGGGAACAGAGAUACCGAUAUUCCUUUCUCCAAACAGGAUUGCAGUUUUGAGAGUUAAACAAUGUAUAGAAUCUGUUAUCAGCAAUAGACGUAAUAAUGCAGCACAGGGCAUGCUUGAGACAUUUCCUUUUGUGAGCAGCAUACUGCUUGAUAAGGAAAGAGUAGCUUUGUUAGCUAGCGAUGUAGUACUCACUGAGUUUCUUGGCUUUCUUACAAGAGUGGUCUACACAAAAGGGUCCUUGUGAUGGGCUGCUUUACAUGCAUUCUUCAAACCAUUCCUCUUAGGUUGUUGUCUGUUCCUCUCCCCACGGCCAACCAGUCUGCAAGAUUCUGGCUUCAGGGAGAAUGAUCUUUACAAAACAGGCUUCGGUUCUGGUUUCUUCAGACUGGAAACUGUGCCACAGUUUAGUGUUUAAAAUUUAAAGCAGGAGAUUUUAACUGAUGGCUGUUUUAAUUUAUUAUUUUACAUUUUGCAUCCUAGGCUUUUCUGUUAGGUAUGUCAGGUGGAAAAGAUUGGUUUUGCUCAAGGGUACCCACUGAUCUUCAGAACUUGGCGGUUUGAAAUGAAAUUUUUCAUUUCCCAAGCUGAAGACUGCCAUUGCAUCUUACUCGAACAUGUAAUUCUGGUGGCUGCUAUUUGCUACUUCCGUUGUAAAAAAAAUCCUGUCGUCUUAUGUAACUUCAGGGCUGAAUGAUAUGGCUAAUAUGUGAGAUGAAUAGCACUUCCAUGUCAGAUAGCACAUGCUGAAAACUGUGGAAGUUGCUUUCUAGUAAUGGGUUUGUGUUCUGGGUGCCACAACCUCUCUUUACUCUCCCACUAUCAAAGUCAAAUUAUUAUACGACUGUCUAAUUCCUUGAUUUAACCUAGGUUGUUUUUGCAGUCUCAAACAUUGGAAACAAAACUUGAAAUAUUGCGCAUUAUCUACACUGAGAUAGAACUGUUUGCGACUUCAGCUGGAUAUUUCUCAUUUCCCAUUGCACAAUCAGUUGAGGUAUUGGAACUUCAGAUUGCCUAAUGAAAAGAAGCAGUGAAAGUUAAAGCUAACUUGCUUGUUCUUGUAAUGCAGUUUUACUUGAUUAUUGCAAAUAAUUACUUUAGGUUGGUGUACUGCUUUUAUCCAGUACUGUUGACCCCUUGGUUAACUUUACAUUCUUGUAUAAAAUGCGGCUUGUUGAAAGAAUGUUUCCUUGUUAAAAGUGAUUAUAAUAGUGCAAUUUUUCAGCAUUGCAAUUAUACAAUAGACUGUAUUAGUAGUAUAGUAAUGUAUAGUCUUCACAGCACUUCCCCAGAUCAUAAGUUGUUGAUAUGAUUAUGUAUGUACACAAAUAUGGUACUCUCUGUUUACUGAUCAUGAAACCAUGUAAUACAGGUUUUUGUUGGCUUAUGCUGAAACUUCUUGAAAGAAGCCCACUUUGAAAAUGUGUUGCUGUUGAAGCUAAUAGUGUGAUUCAGGUACUGUCCUUUGAUUGUACUGCAUUUAGAACUUGUUUUUAUGAGAGUUAUAGGCAAUUUGUUCUCUGCUGUAUUGUGUGAUGUUAAGAGAAUUGUCCAGGCUUCUUAGGUUUAAAAUGUCAAAUCUUUUCAAACACAAUAUUCUCAAGCAAACAAUAGUUUUGGUAUCUGACAACUGUGUUUUGUGCUGGAGCAAAUCAACUUAAAACAGUUAGUUUACAGUAUGCAAAGAACAUCUUAAAAGUAACGUGGAUGUAUCAGGCUGGCCACUAUUGGACCUUUGCUCUGAUCCAGCAGGGUUCUUAACCAGAAAAUACUCCCCUCUGUCCUUACUGGUGAAGUUCCACUAUCUUUAAGCAGGAGUUGCUUUUGUUUAAUAAUGCUUUUUCCCCCUUUAGAUAGAGGGAAAGGCCGCCAGAGGCAAGCUAUUUUGGGAGAACACCCUUCAUCCUUUAGGCAUGAUGGCUAUGGUAAGUUAUAUGGCUUCCUGUUAUGGGUUAAGUUGGAAAAUAGGCCAAUACAGUUGUAAAUGUCUUGCUUCACUAUUCAGGCACCAGUUCCCACAUUUGUCUAGCUGCCCUCAUUGUGCUACCUGAACCAGCUUGCUUUGCCUUAGUACAGGGUAGGGAACCCCAUGCCCAGGGGUCAGAUUUGGCUCUGCAGGUCUCUUUAAUUUGUCGCCAGAACUCUUGCCAGGCUACUCCCCUCAUUGGCUUUGCUUUGCAUCCUGCAUGUUUAUAUCUUGCUAGAAUGUGUCCUUGAACUCUGAUGAUGCCUCUUUCUUGGCUGGAGGGCUGACAGAGGUGUGGGAGGCUGUGUAGAAACAAGCCUACUGUAAAGAGUUAAAAUUUACAUUUGUUGCUCCACCCACUUGCAUCUGGCCCUGCCCAUGAUCGGCAUGUGGCCCUCAGUAGGUUGUCCACGAGGGAAUUGGAUAGGGAGCCUUUCUCAUGCCCUAGUGCACUUAGGUAUAAAGAGGUAUUGAGUUUGCAUUCUGUUAUGGCUACAUGGUGCAUCCAUUUAUGACCAGUUUUUCAUGAUCUCAUUUUUAUUUUUAAAUGCCAGUACUUUUUUUUUUUUACACAGCUGAUUGUAAAUCAAGUUGUUAUUCUGUGAGCAAACAAGAUUUUUUUGUAAAUUGCAGUUAACUUUGUCACAGUAGAAAAUGAAACAUUUCUUAAUACUUCUCAUAUUGCACACAUAAAUCACUUCUAAAACUGAGGUUGAAACUUGCAGUAGCACACUUAGACCACCAUCUAACACUUAGGUGUGCUGAAGCUCAUUGAAAUCAGUACAGUAGAGUCCUUUAUUUUUAAGUCUCGCUUGUGGCUUUAGCUGUUUAUCCUGUGUUAGUCAACUGAUCAAUCGACCGCCCUGCUCUGCAUUCAUUAUCCGUGUAGAAGACCACCCCAAAUUUCUGCCUACAAUAUAUUUUUUUUAGCAAAAAUCAUCUUAUACAUGGAAAAAACAGUAUAUUUUGGUCGCUUGUGUUAACAUUCGUGUCUAGAUAAACAAGGUUUCAGUAGUUGAUGCUAAAUCUGCAUAGCCCAUUAUAGCAAAACCUAAAACUGGCAGCUUCUUCUUCUUUUUAUUAAAUAUUUUCUUGAUUUACAAAAGUGUGUGCAAUGUCUCUUUCUCGUUUAUAUUUUUUUCCCAUGUAACAUUUUUACAAAUCAGUUUCAUUUGUUGGGGCAUUGGGAAGAAAAGGGGGAAAGGGGGGGGAGAUGGGUAAAACUGGCAGCUUGUGAAACUUGGCAGCUUUAAUCUUCAUAUCAGAUCAAAUAAAACUUUUCCCAACCAAAUUAACUAGACAGUAUUUUUUCUUUAGGAUCGCAUGGUCCACUGUUACCAUUACCGAGCCGAUACCGAAUGGCAUCUCGGGAUACUCCAGAACUUGUUGCUUACCCACUUCCCCAGGCCUCCUCAUCUUACAUGCAUGGGGGCAACCCCUCUGGUUCAGUUGUCAUGGUUAGUGGAUUGCACCAGCAAAAGAUGAACUGCUCAAGAGUUUUCAACUUGUUCUGCUUGUACGGAAAUAUUGAAAAGGUAAAAGAAAAAGUCUAGGCACAUAAUAAUAAUAAAAAAAUAAAAAUAAAAUAAUUUUAUUAUUUAUACCCCGCCCACCUGGCUGGGUUUCCCCAGCCAUUCUUAAACUUAAAAGAAUAAUGAGCAAUUACUGUGAAGAGAAACCAGAGCUACGCAUAUUCCAACCAAAUUGGAAAAUGUCCUAAGUUACCAUCCUUUAAACUGUAUUGUCUUUUUCUUCCAAAAAACCCCAACAACCCUGCAGGUGAAGUUUAUGAAGACUAUUCCAGGCACAGCUUUAGUGGAAAUGGGUGAUGAAUAUGCUGUUGAAAGAGCAGUCACGCAUCUCAAUAACGUCAAAUUGUUUGGGAAGAGACUUAAUGUUUGGUAUGUGUGCAUUUCAUCUUACUACUAAAGCUAAAGCACGUCUUUAAUGUGUAAGUUGUCUAGCAGUGUAUAAUACUAAAAAUGCUGCUGAAUAAAGUGGUUUUUUUAAAGAAUACUGUUCUUAUAUGCAAAGAGUAAACUUUGUUAUAACACUUCAUUAAUGUAAAUACUUCUAUAUUUGAUAUUCUUCAAUAACUUGACAAAUGUCACUAAAGUGAGACAUACAAGUGAAAUGUUGAUUAUACCUUUGAGUUCAUAUUUUGUAUGUUAAGAAAUUUGCUUUGUGAAUUCCAUAACAAAGAUCCCCCUCCUUUUUUUUUACACUCCCCAAAGUUGUUCUUAAAUAUGUACUCUUUAUUUGUAGUGUAUCCAAACAGCAUUCAGUUGUUCCUAGUCAGAUAUUCGAGCUGGAAGAUGGGACAAGCAGUUACAAAGACUUUGCAAUGAGCAAGAACAAUCGCUUUACCAGUGCGGGUCAAGCUUCCAAGAAUAUCAUUCAGCCACCAUCCUGUGUGUUGCAUUACUAUAAUGUUCCACUAUGUGUGACUGAAGAGAGCUUUGUAAAGGUAGGAAGCUGCAGGAGUCAUAGCUGUUAAAGUGUAAUUUAGGUUUCAGAUGUCAGUAUUUAUUAACCUCCUUAAAGUAGACUCCAUUUUUUAUAUCUUAGAUCAGGGAUGGGGAACUGGAUCUGGCCAGUGAGCUGGAUCUUGCAGCUACAGAGAGCCAGUGUGGUGUAGUGGUUAAGAGCGGUAGUCUCGUAAUCUGGGGAACCGGGUUCGCGUCUCCGCUCCUCCACAUGCAGCUGCUGGGUGACCUUGGGCUAGUCACGCUUCUCUGAAGUCUCUCAGCCUCACUCACCUCACAGAGUGUUUGUUGUUGGGGAGGAAGGGAAAGGAGAAUGUUAGCUGCUUUGAGACUCCUUAAAGGGAGUGAAAGGUGGGAUAUCAAAUCCAAACUCUUCUUCUUCUACUACUACACUCACUACAGGCCAAUUUUGAUAGGUGGGUGGAAGCACACACCAGUCAAUAAUAUGACAUGUGAUGCCUAUCAAAGUAAAAAGGGGAUCGAUGUAACCACUGAUCAGCUGAUAGACAGUUAUAGCAAUCUCAUUUUAAGGUGAAUUCCCAGCACCGGUUGGCUGAAUCUGGUUGGAAUGCACCUUCAAAGAGACUUGUUGCUGUAUCAUAGACUGGUUUGAAUUGAGGCCGUCUGCUAAAACGGAGGGGAAAACCAUUUUAGCAAGCGGUUUAAAGGCAAACCAUUUUCCGCUCAUGGUGCAGUUCCUUUCGAAGGUGCUCUCCCACUGCCAUUCAGCUGAUUGGCGGUGGAAGUAUGCUUUGCUUCAGUAGCAUGACACCAUUUAUGCUUGCUAAAAUGGAAGAAAAAACCUCUUGUUUUAGCAAGCUAUUUUCAUGCAGACCACUUCAAAACAGAACACUUGGGUGCACUAGAGAGUGGGGCCCAUCCUGGACCUAAUGAGCUCUGCAGGCUGGAGGUUCCCUGGUGCUGUCUUAGAUGCUUAGAUGCUUUAAAAGUAAGCUAAUCAACCAUUUUGUGCCAAGUGUCCUCCUUAUCCCAGAAAUCGCCAGUUUCUGCAGCUCUGAAGUGACAUCCUCUAGAAUUAGAUUGUUGAUGUUUAAUGAACCUAUUUUCACUUUAUUGUUCCAGCUGUGUGAUGAUCAUGAAGUUCUGUCUUUUAUCAAAUACAAAGUAUUUGACCCAAAGCGUAAGUGAAUAUUUGACUUUAUUUAAGUGCUCAAAGAAUCCUAACUUACCGAUGGUGGUGUGAAGCAAACAUUUUAAACUCUUGUUUUGACAGCUUCAGCCAAAACACUUUCUGGUCUGUUGGAGUGGGAAUGCAAGACAGAUGCAGUGGAAGCCCUUACAGUACUUAAUCACUACCAGAUAAGAGUCCCUAGUAAGUCACUGUAUUGAAACUUUCUUAAAGGGUUUUAUUGAUUUAUUUUAAAGAAUUUAUAUGCCAUCUCACUAAUAUAAUACCAAGACUGUGUGCAAUAAAACAAUCCAGUACACCAGCGGUGUUCAUGGCACCCUGGGGUGUCUUGAAUGAUGGUCCGGGGUGCUGUGGGCAACACUGGCCUUUGUCAGUGAAGGACAAUGAAGAAAACAUGUAAAAUGGUAACUGGUAACUUUCUCUGCCCUAAAGUGAAAGUAAGAGCAGAGGCCUUGAUUUACAAGCUCCGUAUCUAGUAGUCAUUCUUUGUGAGUGAUGUCACAGGUAAUAUCCAAUAGCAACUUGGUUAAUUUGUGUACCCACUUACCAUUCAGUGACCACAACAGCAAUAGAUGUAUUAGGAGAAAACUGUGUUGUCCAUCAAGACGAUAAUGCUAUUUAAAUGGUCUGAUUGUGUGAUACUUCUGCAUCAGAAGUGCAACUGUGAUGGAAGCCAUGGGAACAACACCCUAUAAAGCCAUGGAACUGGUUUCUUAGAAAGACAGUAUUUUCUUUCUAGGGGAAAGGUUUGGUUGAGUUUUGAUGCAUUAUGCACUGGCAUGCUAGAAAUAGAUUCUAGUAUUUUAGUAGCAGUUUUUCACAGUAGUUAAACACUUGCUUAAAGAAAUAUCUUUUCUCAGACAAACAGGCUGACAUAAGGCACAAAACCAUCCAAAGUGACAUUCUUAACAGUUUCCCUUUUAUCUUGCAGAUGGCUCUAAUCCUUAUACCUUGAAGCUUUGCUUCUCUACUUCCUCCCAUUUGUAG